UCUUAAAUUUCUCAGGUUGUGUUGCUUAUCAUUGGGAUACAGUUAAUCGAACUAUAUUACAUAAACUGGAUUGUUCGAAACUCGCACCCUGUUCCGAGAGUUUAAUGUCUAUAAGUAUCGAAGAGCACUUGAGCCCCGGGCGAUGCCAAGUGACUGCCAUGGCAGUUCUCGGUACAGAAUUAUAUAUUGGAACAACUUGGGGUUGCAUCAUCGUUGCAGAAAGCAUUACCAUGAGACCCAUCACGAUCUUUCGUCCUUUUGAAGAAGAAGUGAAAGCCAUUCUUCCGCUCGGCAUCAAAUUCUCUUCUAAAAUGGAAUCGCCAAUCACGCCAGACAUUUCUUUAUCUUUCAUUGCAGCCGUAGGGAAAGGUUACCGUAAUCUGAUCGGCAGAUACACGGCUCUUCCUAAUUUUAACAUUCACAUACACGACAACAUGUAUCUUCUGCUGAUCAGGACAGACAACUGGUCCAGUGGUUGAUUGAAGGAAACAAAAAUGUCAGAUGCAUUCCAUGUAAUUUACAAUACUGUGAUAAUAAUUUAAUAAUAAUAAUAAUGAUGAUGAUGAUGAAGUUAUCUUAAUAAUCACAUUCUACAGAAUACUGUAGAAACUAGGAAAAAAAUAUGUAAAUAUAUUUUGUGCAGUUUCCCAUUUACAUUUUUCACUUUAUUAUUAUGUAUUCUUUAUGAAUCUGUGAUAAUGUGUACAUGUAAUUCUUAGCUCAUAGUAAUAUUUAAUAUGAGCUCUUAACAGUAAAUGCUGUUAUACAGUAUUUCAAAAAAUAUUCUGUCACAGCGUACCUGUUAACUAUGUCAUUCUAGGGAUUUUCAAUAUUAGAUUCUUAGUUAUUUCAAAAAAUAAUGCAAAUGUUAUUUGUCCAACAAGCAGCUAAUUCAUGAAAAAAAUAACAAAAAGCAAUUCUGUAUAUAUAUAUACAUAUAUAUUAUAAUAUAUAUUUAGUUUAUUUUUGCUGAAAGUAUAUAAAUUUAGAUCUGAAAGUUCUGUUUUGUAUAGUAACUUGUCCACAGUAAACAAUUAUAAAAUCAAUAUUAUAUAUUGAUGAGGACUAAUUUAUACUCAUGACAUUUUUCAAAUGAUCUUGAUCUGCCAAAUAUAUUUAUUUUUAUUUGUUUGGAUGAUUUCUGGAGUUUAAAUCUUUAUUAUAUUUAUAGCUAUAUUAUUUUUAGGUUUUGUGUAGAGUAAUGGAGAUUGUGAUCAUCCUGUGAUAUUGUGUUUAAAAAAUGGAAAUUAAUCUUUGAAUUUCGAAUAUUUGUAUUUAUACGAUAGAAAGUUAUUUUAAAAAUGAAUUCGACGAAUCAAGCAUGAACAAAUUGUCCUUUGAAAUAAAUAUGUCAUUGCUUGCUGAAUUUUAAAUGUUAAAACAUAUUCUAAUUUAAAAUCUGUUUACUCUUUUAGUGUGAAGACUCGUUGACUAUGUAUUUUACAAGUUGAAUGUAUACUAUAAUAUAUGUGAUCUGUUUUUUUAAGGUAGAUUUAUAAUGAAUAAUGUUUAAUUUAUUCCUUGUUAUCUUCUUAU